GCGAGACCUGCGCCUCUUGGCUGGCCUAGUUGAAGAAGGCAGAGUAAACACACGGACACCACAAAGGAAGAUUUUCGACGUUUUGGCAAUGACACAGCUAUAACGUUUACUUUUAUGUUGCUGGGAUUAAAAGUAGAUUUUGUUUUCAAGUGAGUGGUUGUGCAGUAAGACGACAACGAGGAUUUGUGUGUUUUUUAAGGGAAAGGAGAGUUAUUAUUAAUAUUACUAUUAUUUAGGGACUCAAGUUGCUGGACAUCCUGCUGUGUAUCAGGAUGGUGUGUGUGUGGUGUGUGGAGGGUUGGUUGAAGACAUUGACCUUUGCUCUCUGCUCCAUGCUGACCUUUGCCCCUGGACAUGCCUACAUCUACAUUCAUCUCAAUAAUAUGAGCUCCAUGCUGUUCGAGGACUGGCCUGCUCUCUUUGGCUCUCCGCUCCCCACAGACGGACUGAUGGGUUUUCUGGUUGAGUCUCGCCCUCUGAAUGCCUGCUCUCCGAUAGAUCCGCCUCCCGUCCCUCCCACUUCUUCUGAUCCCAACAGUACCGUCGGAUUCGUCGUUCUGAUCCGCCGCUAUGACUGCAACUUUGAUAUCAAGGUGCUGCAUGCUCAGCAGGCCGGAUACAGCGCUGCUAUCGUUCACAACGUUUACUCCGACACACUUCUGAGCAUGAACUACAGCAAUGAAACAAUAGCCGAUGAGAUCGACAUCCCAUCCGUAUUCACCAGUUACUCCGCCUCCAAGGUCCUCCGCAUGUUCAUCAGUCAAGGCCCAGGGGCCUACGUGAUCCUGAAGCCUGAUUUCUCCUUCCCCAUCACCUUCUACCUCAUCCCCUUCACCGGGAUCGUGGGUCUGAUCAUCAUCGUCAUGGUGGUUAUCAUGGUGGUGCGCUGUGUGCAGUACAGGAAAAAACUGAGGAAGAACAGACUGACAAAAGAGCAGCUGAAGAAAAUCCCUAUUCACAAGUUCACUAAAGGUGACGAAUAUGAUGUGUGCGCGAUCUGUCUGGAUGAAUAUGAAGAGGGGGAUAAGCUGCGAGUGCUGCCAUGUUCACACGCCUAUCACAGCUGGUGUGUGGACCCGUGGCUCACACAGACCAAGAAAACAUGUCCCGUGUGCAAGCAGCGAGUCACGCGCACCAACCCCGAGUAUUCCGACUCGUCUGACUCUGAGGAGGAGGCGGGGCCUCACACAGGUGACAACAGAGAGGGCGGAUCUGCAGCCGAGGAGCAGUCUGAGCGUACACCUUUGCUUCACCCAUCUCCUCCGUCCUCAGGCACCUACGACGCCACGGUCGCCACGGUGACGACCUCAGCCCAGUGCCUGCCUCAACGUGACUCACCGUUGCUAGGAUACAGCAGUUACUCUUCCCCCGUGGAGGGUUCUGAGGAGGACAUGGAGGAAACAGAGGAUGACGACGAUGAUGGUGACGAUGAUACGGCGCAGCUGAUUGGGCGCGGCGCCAUCAGGGUGUGAGAGCAAAGCAUCGUGGGAAGCAGAAUUAAAAACACGAGCGUUUCACUUUUUUUUUUUAAACCUAAUUUUUUGGGCUAGUUGGUAUAGUGUGAAGUUACAGCAAUGUAAAAACUGUAGAUUUAGAACUCUGAUGUGAAGCAGCGCCCCCUUGAGGUAAGAUGCCCCUCGGGACACACUGGGACAGCGGGAAGGAGCCAGAGUGUAGUGUCGAGUUUCCUGUCUCCGGAAAGCAGGUUCCUGUUUCAGGAAAAGCAGCAGCAGGAUUUUGCGGUGGUUUUAAGAUUGUAAAGUUGUGUACACAGCGAUGAUUGAUUGUGCAAUACAAACCUCACGUCA